GCUAAAAUGAGCAAGUGAUAGGUUAACAUCAAGCUAAAAGUACAUGAAAAGUGAAAACAACUCAGAAGGGUCUGAAUACGAAAUUAGUACAGAAAAGAAGUACCCCAAGAGUAAUUAACCAAUCCCACCACACCCCACCCACUUGCCACUUGCACUUGCUCUUCCCCAUGACCAUGAGCUCCUUCUCCUCCAUAGCUAUUUAUAGAUCCCAAUCCACAAUUACACCACACCAAUCUCAAAAACCUCCAUCCCACCACACUCCUCUGUUCUCAGAAGAAAAAACAGAGUACCAAAGAAGUUUGUAAUUAACAAUAAUGGGGAUCCGAAGCUUGCUGUCUUCAUCCGUGAUGGUUGGAGCCAAGAAGAUCGUGAAGGGGAAACGCCGCAACCAGCAACAGAAGCACCAUUGCCAACACACCUUUCCAUCGGCCGCCGCAGCAGAGGAUCGUCAUCAUCGUGCCGCUGUGCCGAAAGGGCACAUUGCAGUUUACUUGAUGGGCGAUGAUCAAAGAAAGGAGGAGACUCCGAUGAAGAGGUUCGUGCUGCCGAUUUCGUAUGUGAACCAUCCGAUGUUCGGGGAGUUGCUGGAUAUGGCGGAAGCAGAGUUUGGGUUCCAUCACUCCAUGGGAGCUCUCACUCUGCCUUGUGAUGAGGACUCUUUCCUCCAUCUCAUCUCUUCCCCUGUAUUUUGAUCCGUUCCCUCCAGCUUUAAUUCUUGAGUUAUUAGAUUAGUCUUGUGAUGUAAUUAGCAGAAGAAGUGAGCACAUCUAUGUGUAUGUAGACCAAAUUUUGAUUGGUUCCACACAUAUAAUACAAAGAUAGAAUUGUAUAAAUUUCAUAUACAAUGUAGUGAGUAGAGAUACCAAUAUGUGUUUUUUUGUGAAUAUGGUUGCAGAAUUUGUUUAUUGUUGUGAGAAUUUGAAUGUAUCUAGAUUCAUAAACGUUGGGUAGGCAAUAAAGAGUUAAUCGAUUCUUUAAAAUGAAUUGAUAAGUGAUGUCAACAUCAAUCAACACAAAUAAAUAAAUAAAUAUAUAUAUAUAUAUAUAUAUAUACAUACAGGAGUGUAUAUGAGCAAUUUGCCACAUCAGCUGCCGAGAAGCAGCCCCUAAUUUACGGAGGGAUAUUUUUGACAACAGACACUUUUACUAUGGUGAAAUUAAUCAGUUGUAACCGAGCCUCACUCUGCCAACUUUGGGCCCGUUAGUUAGGUCUGCUAAAGGAUAAAGGAGAAGCCAAGAUUAAAUGCUACUUGCCCGUAGCAGCCCGAUUUGAUUCUAAAAGAGGGGUGCAAAUCCAAUGGUCGGAGCUCAGUCCUCUCAUUUGGGUCAUCAUCAUCGGACAACACCCUUCGGGGCGGAGGGAGAGGGUUAAAUUAGGUUUAAAUAAGAAUAGUUCACCUUUCAAAUAUUUUGUGCAUAUGAUUCACCCAAAAUUAAAGAUGUAUUUAUUCAACAUUUACAAUAAAUUUUCACCAAAUCAUAUCUAAUUGUUAAAAAUAAUUUUAUUUCAAUCAGGGGUAGGGAGAGUGUAACGGGUGGUUCUUUAAGACGAAAAUGAGUAAAUUAGUAUAAUAGUUUUUUACAGUGUGUAUAAUAGUUAAUUGAGAAUGAAAUUUUGAGCACCUCUAAUUGAUAAUGAUUUACUGAGAGAUUGAAAAUUUUUUAAGCAAAUAUAAUUUGGUUUUGGUUCGCGGGGAAGUGUUAGUAAAUACUAAAUUGUAUUGGAUUCAUUAUUAAAUAUUUCUCAACAACUCGACUUAUCGAUACUAAACGGUCUUGACAAAGAACAUCAUUCAAAAGUAAAUGUCUAACUAAAUCAUGAAUAAUUGUUUGAUACACAUGGAUCGAUAUUUUUGAUAGUUUUGAUAUAUAUUUCAAUUCCCAAUUUUUGUAAAUACAAAAUUAUAUCAUGAAUGAUUUAAAAAGUUAACAAAACUAUUUAUUGUAUGUAUAUUUUUUAAAAAUUGACUCACCCACAAUAAAAUACUGACUACACCCUUGUUGUUCGUGACACCAAUAGCUUCAUACUGCGAUCAAAAUUACAACUCCCCCAUCGAGCAAAGCGAUUCAUGGAUUGUGUCAAGCUAUGACACAGGGGAGGUUUUCUUUAAAAGGAUUGCUACUUUCUUCAAAAUUAGGCACCAAACAACUGAGGGUAGGGGUGUUCAGAUGGUUACCAUGGUUAUUACCAAAUCAAAUAAGGCUAAAUUUCAUUAACCAUGGAAUACAAUAUCAUAACCAAAUCGUCCAAACUAAUACAACAACCAAAUUAACCGAACUAAAGUUUAAUAGGUUUGGUUAGUUGGUUAACCAGAUUAACCAAUAUAAAAUCACAUUAUCAUUAAGUGAGAAAAAUUUCAGUUAAUUUAUCAAUUCACAAUUUAUAUAAUGAAUAAAACAUAACAAUCAAUAUAUAGUUAUAGAUUUAUAGUUGACCCUUAACAUAAAUACAUGCAACUAAGACAAUUAUCUUACGGUUAGUAUAGAAGUAUUCACCUAACACAAAUUUAUCACAAUGGUAUGGGUUAAUGAAUUAUUGUGUUUGUU